AUGAAUUUCACGGCAAUCGUAGCACAUAAGUUGUACGACGUUGGAGGGCACGUCAUAUUCUCUCACUACAAGUACUUUGACGACUGUCUUGAUGAGGCCCUGCCUAAGGAGGAGGACUGGUAUCAUCACCAGCGCAUCUCCUAUGUGAGAUACAAGGGCCUCUGGGUCCCGUACCCCUUCCAAAACAACAUAUCGAUGCUUCCAAAGGAGGACCAAGUUCACUGCGUCGACACCCUCAUUGACGCCGCCAUGGAGUGUCGAACCGCCACUACGAAGCCCUCCAACUUCGACGAGUGGAUCCUGCGUAUGACAGGCAAGGGCAUCGCUGACAUCUUCAUGCGCCCCUACAACUGGAAGGUCUGGGCAGUUCCCACGACAAAAAUGCAAUGCGAGUGGCUUGGCGAGCGCGUCGCGGCCCCUGACGUCAAGUCCGUCGUUAGGAAUGUGCUGCUGGGAAAGGUCGCGGGCGGCUGGGGGCCGAACGCAACCUUUCGCUUUCCCGCCCGGGACGGAACGGGCGGUAUCUGGAGUGCCGUCGCCGCUACGCUUCCAGACGAAAAGAAGCGAUUCGGGGAGCGAGGCACGGUGACUCGCAUCGACGCUUCGGCCAAGCUGGCCACACUGCAGGACGGCACAACCAUCCGGUAUAAGAAGCUAGUGUCGACCAUGGCCCUCGACGCGCUGGUCAAGAUGAUGGGAGACUCCGAGCUGGUCUCCCUGUCGAGCCAGCUGUACUACUCGUCUACUCACGUCGUCGGCGUGGGAAUACGGGGCGCCCGCCCGGAGAAGAUUGGUGACAAGUGCUGGCUGUACUUUCCAGAGGAAAACUGUCCGUUCUACCGCGCAACCAUCUUUUCCAACUACUCGCCGUACAACCAACCCGCCGCCGACACCCAGCUCCCCACCAUGUUUCUGGCCAACGGCCAGAGUCCAGAAUCUCAGGAACCGAAGCCGGGCCCGUACUGGUCCAUCAUGCUCGAGGUAUCGGAAUCUUCCAUGAAGCCCGUAGACCACGCGUCGCUUAUCCAAGAGUCAAUCCGGGGCCUCAUCAACACGGACAUGAUCAGCCCAGAGGAUGAACUCGUUUCCGUGUACCAUCGGCGCUUCGACCAUGGCUAUCCGACGCCGACUCUCGAGCGGGACGCCGCGCUGGAUCAACUGCUUCCCAAGCUGCGGUCUAUGGAUAUCUACUCGCGGGGCAGGUUCGGUAGCUGGAAGUACGAGGUCGGAAACCAGGAUCACUCCUUCAUGCUCGGGGUGGAAGCAGUGGAUAACAUCGUAAACGGGGGCAUCGAGCUAACGCUCCAUUACCACAACGUCGUGAACAACCGUCGAAAUGACGAGCGGCGCUUGGGCUAG